AUCAUUUCUGAAAUGUCAUCUAGUUUUACCUUCCAGUCUACGUUGUUUGCACUUAUUAUUCUCCAGGUGCACAGUGAUGUGACAGCUGUAAAUGGGAUGCUGGGUAGUUCUGUUACACGACAUCAUGUGUAUCCUGACUUGGAACACCCUGUUCACGUCACUUGGAACAAGGGAAAGACUUUGUUAAGUAGCUGGACACGUCGUACCAGGGCCACCGAAGGGAUGCGAACUGUCAGAGGAAUUGUAGGUGACUGUGUUAUGCUUGAUCUGCACAAUUACACAAACAGGCAUAUUCAUGUUACCUGGAAGAAAGGCAAUAAACAAGUGGCCAAGAUGAAAGGUCAAACUGUACACGGCUCUGGAACAUACAGCGAGAGAUUUCGUGCAUUCUUCAAUGGCAGCUUGAGUGUUUGCCCCAUGCAGCCGGGGGAUGAGGGUCAGUACACGGCAGAAGUGUUUGGUCAUGAUGGGGCAGGUUUGGGCCAUCAAAAAAUUCAGCUAGAGUAUAGCGGAAAUAGAACAGCACCUGUUCAAGAAGUAACAGGAAUUGUCGGCGGCUCCAUGUUCCUACCUCUAGCAGCGAUGGAUUGGAAAGACUUGGUCCAGAUAAUGUGGAAGAAAGACAGUUUGUUGGUUGCUGAGUUAAAUUACUCUCAAUCCGAUGGGAGAUCCACCGACAGAUCUCAGAUCUUACCUAAUGGCACGCUCAGACUGGACAGGAUUCAGGAAAGUGAUUGUGGACGGUAUUCAGUAGAAGUGCGAGACAGAGAUGGGAAGAUUAUAUACCAGACAAUGAUUGAUGUGAAAGUAGAACAAGCGACGGUGGCCUCACCAGUUAUCUCGCAUUUACUGUUAUUCACCAUAGUGGGAGUGCAUGUUGCUGUAUUCAUUGUUGUGUUGGGUUCACUUAUAUGGCAUUUUCGAAAGUGCAAACACAGAACAGGUCGCAUGACAAACCUAAGCUUCCGGCACGUGACUUUGGGCCGAAAUGGCUAUAACGAGGACCAUGUAGACUGUGGAGAGGGAGACACGAGCAGCCCUAACCAAGAAGAGAAUGGAAAUCCAGCUUCACAGGAACCAGAGACUGCAAACUCCACUAAGCAAGAGAAUGAAGCUUUCAUUAAGAAUGCUAAAGAGACUAAAGCGGCAACAGCUGCAAGCUUUUACACUGAGCAACCUCUGACUUUAAAUAUCUCCACUUUUCAAGGGCAGGAAGAACCUAAAUCACAGCCCAGGCCUGAGCAUGCUGGAAACGAUGUUGUCUCAGUUACUAAAGAUGGUGUUCCUCUGAAACGUGGGAACUAUAUUCCUGAGGAUGACAGGGACUGUGUUCCCCCAAACUUUGACAACUGCAUCCCCCCAGACUUUGACAACAGUGUUCCCCCAGACUUUGACAACUGUGUUCCUUCAGACUUUGACAACUUCAUCCCCCCAGACUUUGACAACUGUGUUCCUCCAGACUUUGACAACUUCAUCCCGCCAGACUUUGACAACUGUGUUCCCCCAGACUUUGACAACUGUAUUCCUCAAGACUUUAACAAUUGCAUCCCGCCAGACUUUGACAACUGUGUUCCCCCAGACUUUGACAACUGUGUUCCCCCAGACUUUGACCAUUGCAUCCUCCCAGACUUUGACAACUGCAUCCCACCAGACUUUGACAACUGUGUUCCCCCAGACUUUGACAACUGCAUCCCACCAGACUUUGACAACUGUGUUCCCCCAGACUUUGACAACUGUGUUCCUCCAAACUUUGACCACUGCAUCCCCCCAGACUUUGAUGACUGUGAUCCCCCAGCCUUCAAUGACUCUGGUCCUAUAGAUGGCAGGUACUAUACUCCUGGGAUCAAUAGUGACCAUAUUCCUCCAGAUUUUGGGGAUUAAGUCCCUCUCGACAUUGAAGACUAAGUUGAAGAUGGAGCUGAAUGAAGGGAGCAAGCCAGGGUUCUACUGCCAGCAGAGAUUGAAACAAAAUUUCCGGAGGACAUAUCUGAAGAUCUUCACAUUAGAUUUUGCCAGGUCAUAUGUAGCAUGUGCCUGUUGAUGGUAUAACUGUAAAAUCUGACUGUUGGAUCCACAUGUUGUCUUUCAUCUGGUGAUGGGCCAACCUCCAAAUAGUGGAUUAUCCAAACUCUGUAAUGCUUAUCCAUUCCUUAUCCAAGUUAUCCAAACCUCUUGAGUCUGAAGAAUUGUGCUGGUAAGCUUAAGAGAACCCAUCAUCUAUAGCACUUUAGUUUGCAGUCAUGGAUGUAAACACACAGAAAGGAGCUUUGCUCGUUGUAUUUCAGCACUUCCAGUUCUGAGCCCAGUUGCGUACCAAACACAGAAAAUAACCAAACACAUUUUUGGAACCUCAAAAAAAGGUUUGGUUUCACUUUUGUUUCUAAAAACAAGGGAUGGUUUAGAGAUGAGAAGGAUUUCCUAGUUUUCUGGACGUAUGUGCUCAUCCCCAAUCUCGAUUCCAGUCUUCUUCUCUGCUUAAUUUACUGGUGAAUGUGGGAAAAGGGGAAUAUCAAAGUCCAGAUGCCUCAUCUCAGUGGAUCUGAUUGCUCCUAGCAUGGCAUUUCGGGUCAAACAAGCUGUAGUUUAAUUUAGUGAAGUUAGACAGAGGUUUAUCUCAUGUGUUGGUUUGUUUAUGAACAACAUAACUGGUAAUUUAUUCUACUAAAGUCACAUUAAAAAAGGAAGCUACAUUGAACUUGAGCCUGGCUGGAGGCUGAAUACAGGGUUAUUUUGACAAAAAGCUAUUGAAUCACUAGCGAGUUGUCUGAACUUUAAGCAUAUUGCAAUAAUUUACAUCCUUAAUAAUUAGAUACCAUAUUUC